CCAUCACAUUGUGGUGGACACUUCAAACUAGAAGAAAAGGAAAGGGUUCUGAUCCACUCCUGCCUCUACCCCACAUGGGAGGAGAACCCUGGACCUCAUCUGAGGAGAUCGCCUAUGUCUGGAUACAGGAGGAUUUCAGGGGACUGGUAUUCCAUUCUCUUGGCCUCAGACGCCAAGGAAAAGAUAGAAGAAAAUAGUAGCAUGAGAGCUUUUGUGGAACACAUCCAGACCUGGGACAACUCUUCUCUGACUUUUACAUUUCAUGUAAAGGUAAAUGGACAGUGUACUGAAAUUGUUUUGCUUUGUGAUGAAACAGAAAAGAGCGGUGUAUAUAGUGCUGCCUAUGAUGGACACAAUCUAUUUCACAUAGUUGAAGCUGUCUAUGACGAACAUAUUAUUUUUCAUCUCACAAAUUUCAAUGAUGGGAAACCAUUCCAAGUGAUGGAGCUCUAUGCCCGAGAACCAGAUGUGAGUCUAGAACUCAAGAAAAAGUUUGAGAAAAUUUGCCAAGACUUUGGAAUUGUUAAGGAAAACAUUAUUGACCUCACCAAAAUCGAUCGCUGUCUGCAGUUCCGAGGGAGUGGAGAGGCCCAGGCCUCCAGUGCUGAGUGAAUACUUCCUCACCUGAGCUCCAGGAUCUUCCCCGCCACGGUCCCCACGUCAUCUUGUGACAAGUUUCUGUGACCUGAUUUCCCUCGCGGUGACACAUGAAGCCACUAUCUCUGCAUCUUCAGGGUCUUCCCUAAUUGUCUAGGAAGACUCAUCAUCUACCCAAGCAUCAAAAGGUUUUCUUCAAAUUUCCUACUCUCCUGGCCAUGCCCAGGAAAACUCUACAAUGAAUAAGACCUUCUCUACCUGGUCAAUAAAUGAUUAGCCUCGCA